AUGUCGUCGGCCCCGCAUUCUCGCCCUUUCCAACGAUUGUUGAUCGCGAAUAGAGGAGAGAUAGCAGUGCGACUACUGCAAGCUGCACGAGAAUUACCGGGCGCAAUCAAGACCUUUGGUCUCUUUACUCAGGAUGACCGGUCGCAUUGCGAUUUAGGUCAUCCCCACCACUCAAUAGAACUACCAUCUGCGUCUUCCUAUCUUGACAUCAAUCUACUUGUCGAGAUAGCCCGCCAAUACUCUGUUGAUGCUGUCCAUCCCGGCUAUGGAUUCCUCAGCGAGAGCGCCGAGUUUGCUCAGCGCAUGUGGUCUGAAGCAGGUGCUAUUGUGAUCGGACCCGGCCCUGAAAAUCUCGCUCGAACAGGCAAUAAGCUACAGUCGAAAGAGCUCGCUGAGCAAUGUGGUGUGCCGGUGUUAGCGACCAUGCAAUCACCGACUUCCAACGAGGAAGAAAUUCGCAAGUUCAUCCAAAAGGUCGGAUUUCCCGUGAUGAUCAAGGCUGUGGAUGGAGGUGGCGGCAGAGGCAUUCGUCUCGUUCGAGAAGAAGUGCAACUUGAAAACAGCAUUCAGCGUGCUCUGGGCGAGUCCCCGUCGCGCACUGUCUUCUUAGAAAAGGCCGCAGUUGAUGGCUUCCACCACGUCGAAAUCCAAAUUAUUGGCGACGGUACGGGUCAAGUGCGCCAUCUCUGGGAACGAGAUUGCAGUAUACAGCGACGCUUCCAAAAAGUCGUGGAGUUUGCGCCAUCUUUGAUGCAGAAUCGCCAGCUCAUUUCACAAGUCAUUGAGUCGGCAUUGAAGAUGGCAAGCGCGAUCAAGUAUUGCUCUCUUGGGACGUUCGAAUUUCUCGUCAGUGAGGUGAAAAACGAGUUCUACUUCCUCGAAGUCAACCCCAGGUUGCAGGUCGAACAUACUAUCACAGAAUCAAUUAGUGGAAUUGAUCUAGUCCAGACCCAACUUCUCUUGGCCCAAGGGAGAAGUUUCAAAGGGUUGGGUCUUGGGGACUUUGGCAAUGGCAGCGUUCUCCCGCCAGCAAAUUCCCAUUCCAUCCAGCUUCGUCUUUGUGCAGAAGAUCCAAGCAAUAACUUUGCCCUUAGCAUAGGCAAAAUAAGUGAUUUCACCGUACCUAGCGGUCAUGGGAUUCGGGUCGACACACAUGUGCAAAUUUCUACAGCGGGACCACUCAUCGUCGGGUCCAACUUUGACAAUCUGCUGGCCAAGAUCAUAGUGACAGGCUCAACGUGGGAGAACGCUGUUCGGAAAGCCCGGCGUGUUUUGGCUGACACAAGAAUCUCCGGUGUCAAGACAAAUUUAGGACUUUUGAGAGGCAUCUUGAUGCACUCCGAUUUCAUGGCGGGUCAUACAGACACACAAUGGCUCAGCUUGAAACUUGAUGAGACACGCCAGCUGGGCGAGGCGAUGGCUCAGAAGAGCCAGGAGGCGGAGCUUGCUGGUAGCUCUGUGCAAAACGCAAGUGCGACGAACGGACUCACUUCCUCCAACCUGCUAUUCCGCAAGGGGGAUGCAUGGUCCCUAACACUUCAGCCCCUCGCGCAAGAGACCUUCACAGCCUCUGACAAGAUGGCGCAUCACCUUAAAUUGUCGCGAGUACUUCGAAAUGACUUCCCUCAUUCGUUUACUGCCGAGAUCGAGUAUACGACACCCGCUGCAACGACUGCAAUCCCUUAUCGGUUGCAGGUCGAAUCCACAACGACGGCGGCCUCCGCUCUUGUCUCAACAUCUCACCGGCGUGGGGAUCCGAACAACCCACGACAUGUCACCUUGCCACUGUCGGGGAAACUCAUUGAGAUUCAAGUGUCCACUGGGGAUGUGGUGGCCGAAGAUCAAGUCUUGGCUUUCGUCAAGCAGAUGAAGAUGGAGCUGGAGGUGCGCAGUCCCCGUGCAGGGACAGUGCAGUGGGUACAUGAGAUGGAGGAGGAAGAAGAGGAUGUGGCGGAGGGCAUGCUCCUGGUGGAGCUGGCUGAAGGUGAGAAAGCGGACACUCGACUCAAAGGAAAGCUGUGA